AUGCAUCUCCAAACCCUCCUCCUCCCCGCCGCCACAACCCUCCUCCUAACCCUCCCCCCAACAACCCAAGCCUGGGGUUUCUACGGCCACAAAACAGUCGCCUUACUCGCCUCCCGCUACUUCCUACCCGAAACCGCUCAAUUCGUUCAAACCUAUUUAUAUCGCGGACAAUCCAUCAUGGAUGCCGCCGUCUGGGCGGAUAGAUAUGCACAUAUACCUCUAGGACGGUAUUCAAAAACGUGGCAUUACAUAGACGCGCAAGACGAUCCGCCUAGGGUUUGUGAAGUUAAUUAUAAUCGAGAUUGUGCGGUUAGUAAGGGGGGGUGUAUUGUUAGUGCGCUUGUUAAUAUGACCUCAAGAAUCCAAGACGACACCCUCCCCUGGGCCCAACGAGCCCAAGCACUAAGAUUCAUCCUCCACUUCAUCGGCGACAUCCACCAACCUUUACACACCGAACACGCCCAACUCGGCGGUAACCGUAUAAAAGUCCUUUUCCACGGCCACGAAGCAAACCUGCAUUCAAUCUGGGACUCCAAAAUCCUCGAAUCCCACCGCGGCAGACCCACAGAACGUGGUAUAAUCUCCUUCACUAAUGAUCUACAAUCACGUAUCGAAUCCGGGGAAUAUAAAUCUGAGGCUUCUUUAAACAAUUGGGGGAAAUGUUUGAAUACUACUAGAGCUGAGGAGUGUGCGCUUGUUUGGGCGAGUGGAGCUAAUAGAUGGGUUUGUGAGUAUGUUUUGAAGGAUGGGGAGGAAGGGGUUGAAGGACAGGAGUUGGGGGGGGAGUAUGCUGAUGGGGCGGUGGGGAUUAUUGAGAAGAGUAUUGCGCAGGCGGGGUAUAGACUUGCUGGGUGGAUGAAUAUGUUGGUUACGGGGAGGGAUGGGUUGGAUGAGGGGAUUGGGAGGGAUGUGAAUGUGAAUGGGUGGGAGGUUUUGGAGGGGGUGAAGGAGGGGUUGGAGGAGGGGGAUAGGGAGGUUGAGGAACAGGUUAGGGAGAUGGAGAUGCAGAGGGGGUUUGAGGGGUUGAGGGUGCAGCAUUAG